AUGAACACAUCAACUUUAUUUAUUUCACACUUUUCGAGGAUAAUAAUACAAACAAGAUGUUUGUUUGGCGUUCACCAUAAUCCGAAACGUCAAAUUUUUUAUAUUAAACUAAAUAACAAUGAAAGAGCAACUUUAUUGUACAAAAAAAAUGACAAUAUUCUGGAUAUAAAAUCUGUGUAUGUACCGGAAGAAUAUGAAAAUCGAGGAAUUGCAAGAUUAUUAGCCGAGGUAUUUUAUUUUUAUAAUUAUUUAAUUAUGAUACUGAAAUUGAGAGACAUUUAAUAAUUUUUAGAAUAUUUUAAAAAAUAAAUUAUAGCAAGAAAAAUAGAAGCUCUAAAAAAUUAUCAAUGAAAUUUUUUAAAA